UCUGCCCACCCUGGCAGGUUGGUGGUGAUUGCUGUCAGAUCCCAAGUUGCCAUCUUCGCAUAAAUUGUUCGCUUGUCACUUUUGGCUCUCUGGCAACAACUCUCAUCGACAGACAUCAGUCGCCACUGUUUCUCCGUCUCUCUACGUCUCUCUUCUCCCCAUCCACAACCACACGAUGCCGGGCGAACCAUCAACAGGCGGCUCGCUGCCCAACAAGCGCCGCCGCUCAUCCCAGUCCACCCUCGCCAGCGUCGACAUCCCCCACUCACCAUUCUCGCCCCUCCGCCUCGGCGCCAUCCUCCUCAAGCACGGCAAGUAUGUCGCGGCCGGCGCGACGGGCGUCUGGUGGCUCGAUAUCCGCGCCGCGGCACGGCAUAUCGUCGAGUCCCCGGAUAGCUGGACAAGACGAGCACUUGUCGCGGCCGUCGGCUUCCACGGCGUCACAGUGGUGCGUAGAGCUCAGCUGUUCUCUUGCUACGAGCUCACCCCCCAGAUCCUCUUCCUCUACCUCGUCCUCUUCCUCCCCUGGCUCCGUGGCUACACGCCCAACUACCCGAAGUGGCAGCAGUCUGCGCGUCUGAGGCUCAUCGUGCCGCUCCUCACGUCUGCCAUCCUCCUCGGCUGGUUUACGCUCGUGUACGCGCUCAGCCACACAUCAUACCCCAAGCCUCGCGGUGCCAUUCGCGACUCGAUCCGUGAGGCGCUCAACGUCGACGACGACGGGACCGCCGGGCUCAGCGUCUUCGGCGCCAUGCUGGGUGCCACUGCCGUCUACACGCUCACGUUCGGCCUCCUGGGCUUCAUCCCAUCGCCCAACGCCCCCGUCCGCGUCAAGAAGUCGUAGUGGUGGUAACCUGCAGACGGUCACCCCAGCUCUCGCGUCGCGUCGCGUCGAUAUCCACCGUGAAUCAAUGAAAACAGAGACGAAGCAAGCUAUACCUUGACGAUGAUCUGACCGCUGCAUGCCAUCGUGUGUACCCUGUACUGUAGAAUGCACCUAAUAGCCGACGGUAUGCAUGGUCGACAGCCUGUA